AGUCCUUGAGUGAGUGAACAGCAACGACACAGGUCUGUUGUUGGUAAAAGGAAAAAGCAUACUCGUUGGCUUAGAUGUUUACCAUGGAUCCUCCAGACGUUACCAUUGUGUUUUGCAAUGACGUUGAAGAGUGGGGCGAUUAUUUGUCGGACUGUUUGCAUCAUGUUUUAGAUCCGUUCCUGAAAGUGUAUCAAAUGCGUAUUGAAUGCUUGUUUUUCCCUCUUUCUGAAUCUUGUGUGCUGAAUUUGAGUAAAGCCCAGGUAGUGCUAAUCAUAAUGUCUCAAACCUUCUUGGAUUUUCUGGAGGAUAUGCCCAAAGCUUCUCAGUUGACAUCCCUCCUGAAACCUUCUCAGACUGUCGCUGUGUUGUGUGGACUUAAAGAUCAUGACAUAAAUUUCCACCAUAAGAAGUCACUAGUGACCUUUGAUUUGUGGACUCGACUAAAAGUACCAAAACCAGAGGAGAUAUAUGUACGUAAUAUUAUUAAAACUGUCAGCCUAAUCUUGAAACAAGGAACAGAUCAGAGUGAACGGAUGCAAGAGCUCCGCUUUGAAUUGUGGCCUAAUGUAAUUCACGAGAAGUCCAGAGAAGUUUCCGUAGUCUUAAACUCACCUGUACAGGAAGACCAUUACAUCAGAGUUAUUCUGAAAAAUAACGACAAACAACAAGAAGUAAAAGCAAACCGCCGAAAUCCAUUCACGUUUCACUUUCAUGUUCCAGCUAUGUUCGUUUCUACGUCGUCAAUGAUAUCGGUUCGUAUUUGGUGUAAUGACAGUUAUUUCGGGGAGGAAACCUUGCACUACCAUUCUCCCAUGACUCAGUUACAUGAAUUAUUACACGAUGUCGUUUCGCCUUAUGAGCUCUUACGCCAGAGUCUCAACACGACAACGAACUUAGAGGUUGACCAACAGUUAACUCAGAUUUUCAAGAACAACCUUCCCUCAAGUGGUUUUUCUCUGCUGACUCCUACUUCCGGACCCUUCCUCAGAAGUGAAGAUGAACUCCCAACUUUGCUCCAUUUCUCUGCUCGCUAUGGGAUGGAAGAAUUAACUUCGGCUCUCCUAAAUUCUCCUGGAUCUGCAAGAGCUUGUUGCCUUGCGAAUCGUCACGGACAUCUUCCAGUUCACAUAGCACAACGAGAAGAACACAACAAGAUUGCAGAAAUGUUGGAUUCAUUUCAAAAAAGAGUGGAACGUGAAACAUACCAAGUUGCCAAUUUUGUUCCAAAGAUGACAAGACACGAAGAAAGUGAUAUUAGUAGUUCCUUGCAGAACUGUCCAACUUAUCAAAAUAUACCCGAGUUCUUAUCACUUCCUGAUAUUUCGCACGAUAGUUAUACGAAAAUGAAUAAGUGUAAAGAUUACAUGCUGAUGUCAAGACUCCCUGUUCUACAUGCACCAGAUUCUGUAUCGAAUCGCCCAACUUACCAAGAUCAGUUAGAGUACAUAUCAGUUCCUCUGACUUCGCAGAAUAGUUUCAUAGAACUGAACGAAUGUGGAGACUACAUAUCAAUGUCUACAUGUCGUGUUUUGCAGGAAUCUGUAGAUCUUCAACCACAUCAGAAAUUACUUUUCAAGAACCUUGGCAAUGAAAAUAAGGAAGAAGAAAAAACAAUAACACGUGAGAACAGUGUUUUUUACAGUCAGUGCUCAACUGAUGACGUUUCACGAACAAUUUUAGAAGAGAAAGUAGAAGAACAACAGGUGGAUUCUCCUCUGUAUAGUGAAUGUUGUAUUAACACAUCUCAACAAGAAUUGAUAUCCAUUACGGAGGUGUAUGAAAACGGUACCACCAUGACUGAAGCUGAAAUGAAAAUAAAGGAGUGGAAGAAACGAAAUCAUAUGCCUUCAAUCAAGAUAAAUAAGUCACGAUGCCGACAAGAAGAUAGAAAGGUGAAAAAUGCCAGGAAACAACAUUCGAACGCGUGGUUUGACAUCUUCAACAUUUUUACUGGGAAACUCAGGCAAAAAGGCACUCCAAUUCGUAAGAUAUCGAAGGGCAAUGACAAGUCGACACCUCAAGUCAGUACAAAUGUAAAACAAGAGGACUUCGCCAAUACUACCAAUGAAUAUUCCAGCGCAUCAGAGACAACCAGCGCAGAGAUAACGUCAAGAAGUAACGCACCUUUCAGCUCAGAAUCGGAAGUUUGCAGAGUCAGCAGUAUAUCCUACUCUAGCAGUCCUAAUUCAGAAGCAAGUGACUUGGGUAAUACGGUUUGGUCUGAGAACAGCAGUGAUAGUUGUUGCUAUCCUGACACAAAUGAAGGUAACAAGGUACUGAAUACUAAUUCACAUCUAAGUGACGGAUGUAGCUCAGUCGUUAUCAAGAACUAUCGCAAUAGUGUGUUCUACUGUGAAUUAGAAGGUGAAAGAAACAAGCUAAAGGUUGUCAAUUCAGGACCUACCAAGGACAGCAUCAGAUCUAGAGCCUCUAUGCCCUUACUGAGAGAACAGUCUCUGCAAUUUGAAAACAGUGCACAUCCAACAGUGACCACAGCUUCACGGAGACAAUCAUAUAACCCCUGUUACGAAAAUGUAUUUUUUCGUACUGAGAAUCCAGGCUGUGAAAAAGAUGAAUGUUCUGUCAAACCCACGAACGCAGUAACAGAUGAGAAGCAAUUUCCUAACAUCAACUGUCACCAGUGUGAGAGCAAAAGUGUACAAGCAUGUUUGGAUAACUUACCAAUAAACCACAAAGGCCAGAGUUCUGUCCAAAAUGAAGAUGAAAAUUCGACAGGAAGAUCAUCUAGUAGCUCAAACAGAAUCAACACGGCACAUUUAAAGCGUAGAAAAGUCAAAUCACAUGUUAGACCUAGCGUAAAAAAACAGAAUAGUUUAUCCUUGAACUCUCUACCGCAUGGUCCGUCUGAAUGUAAUCACAAUCAUUGCUCAUCUUCACAAACUGAAAACAUAUAUGAAGAACUGAUGACGCAAAUUUUUCCUGUUGUUUCAAAUGAUAUAUUACUCCAACGCCAGUCUUCGCAAGCCGAAAAUAUAUAUAAAGAGCCUGUAACACCACACUCCUCUAAAUAUUCUUCAAAUAAUGUAUUACACCAACACUACCCAUCUCAAACCAAAAAUAUAUAUAAACAGCCCGUAACAGUAGAACUCUCUCGGUAUCCUUCAAAUAAUUCAUUAAGGAAUUAUUCCGUGGGUCACAUUAAGUAUUUCCCAGAAUUCAGAAUUCCAAACACUUUCGAGUUUCAAGAUUCUUUCGCCAAAACGAGAGAAGAAAAUUAUAAAAACUUCCUUUCUUUACCCGACCUCGUGGAGUUAAGGGGGGCAAAUGCGAUUCCUAGCCAUACCCCUCCCGAGCAGCUUCAGAGAUUGCUAAAUGCUGAAUCUAAGGUGCGAGAAAAACGUAGCUCUUUUAGUGAAUAUCUUGUAGAAGCCAGUACACUAUGUCAAAAACAUAUUCCUCUCAAAAAUGUAAAAGGUUCAGAAUGUUAUAUAUAACUUGUUUUAUUAUAUUUUAAAAGAUUCAGAUUCUUGUAUUACAGGUUAUGGAGUAGCAUUUUUUCAGUCUUCGAAUUAUUAAUGAGGACCCCAUCAGCCAACACAUGUUUAUAAACUAUUAUUCAUCAAAUUGCUCAUGGAUUCAUGGCUUUGUUGGUUACAGAGCAGUCCCGGAUUUAGAGGGAGUGCAAACUACGCAAUUGCAUAGGUGCCUCGAGCCCCAAAGAAGGGGGCCUCAAUUUUGAACCACCCUAGGAAAGAGGCCUCCAGUAUCGCAGUAUUACAUGGAGAUCUCAAAGAGUCUAAAUCUGGCCCCGUUACAGAGCCCCUGUUAACAUAAGAGUCACAAAGAACAUGCAUACAAAAUAUACAGUAAAUCUUGAACUUAAUUCCACUAACUACUGCCUAAUGUGCUUUACAAAGAAAGUGGAUAAUUUCAUUCUUCUUUUUUUUUCACCACCAGUUCUCGUUAAGCCUUGAAACAGGAAAAAUCAUAAGAUUAACUCAAUAUGAUGCAAUGGGUAUGUUCAACACCACAGCACCGAAAACAGGCGUUUUCUUUUAAUGAAGACUUGACAUGUUCUGGUGAUUAGAGCAUUUGACUCAUGAUCUGCGAGUCGCAAUUAAGAAGCCCGUCGCCAAACAUGCUUACUUUUUCAGCCGUGAAAACGCUAUAAGGCUAUGGUCAAUCACACUUUUCAUUGGUAAAGAAUAAAGUUGGGGGUAAGUUGUGUUGACUAGCUGCUUUACCUCUAGUGACAGUCUAGUCUAUCACUUCUAAAUCAGGGAUGGCUAGCGCAGAUAGGCUUCGAGUGGUUCUGAGCAAAAUUAAAUAAAAUUUAAUAAAAACGUUUUGUAACAUUGCCAGACUGCUGUAGUGUUGGUUUCUCACGAAAUGCUACUAUUGUGAUUUUAUUAUAAUUAUCAAUGAAGUUUGAUCAAAGCAAUCUGUCUGCAUAGAUCAGAAAUAAACAUUAACCUAGUAAAUAAUAUAGCUAUAUUAAUAUACCACACUAACUAGGAGUAUGCAAUGUCAUAAACCAAAACUGAUAAUGACGAAAAUGCAUAUAUUUGUUAGUUGUUAGCGAAAUUUUCAGCGCUGCAAUUUUGAGACUUAAAGACUAUAAUGCAGAACAUUGAGUGCAUUAUAUUAAAAUGAUUUUAGAGCCCCACAACGUCGUUAUGGUCCAAGUCGCCAAGCUCUAUCUGUAUAGCUUGACAAUAGCCCUAAAAACUCAGAUUCUAUUGCAAAAGGCUAUGUCCUAAAGCUUUCACAUUCUAACAUCCCUCCUCCCUGAUGGAUUUCCAAGUCACCUUGUGUUCGAGGAUGGCGGUUUCCCAACGAUCGUUCCGACAGUCCGAACGCAUAGAAACCAUGGAUACCUGUUUUAUUCUCUAGUUGCUUAAGGUAUGCAACUGUUGAGCAGAUAUCCCAGCCCAGUGUACUUUAAAUCUAAAACAAGUCAGACGAGUGAGGAUAUUUAAAAAAAUAAUUUUAAAUGUUACUAAGCUACUAAUAUGAAAUGCUUUUACUGUUGAAAUAUACCAAGUGAAAUUAUCUGUUAAUUUAUAACCCUCAUUCUUUGAAUAACAAGGCUCACGAAGGAAUUAAUGAUUUAUAUUAUACAGGAUGAAUUACGCCAUGAUAUUAUGGUUUAAAUACCAAACACUGGAUUCGUUUAGAAUUUUAUUUUUGUGCUUCUGAAACUUUCAGCAAUGGAGAUGUCUUGGUCAUUCCCAUAUUCAAUACUUAAAAACUUAACAACCAAUAACAAUAAGAACAUCACUCACGAUGAUUUCUUAUUUUUUAAAGCAAACAUUUUAAUAUAUUUGGUAAAAUAAAAAAUAUGAAUUGUUUUUAUUUUCAGUUUUGACCAAUUUCCUUUGAUACACAAAGUGUGUCAUAACAUUCAACAUUCAAAGAAUAUGUAUUUUACCCGAGUGCCAAUACUAAAGUAAACAAGCACACAUUCCAAUGUCAGUAAGUUACAGAAAAUAAUGAACUUUGUUUUUUGUGUGUUACAUUAAAUAUUCCAUAUUAAUAACAAUAACAGUAAGCAACGAAUACAUCGAAAGAAGUAAUAAGAUAAAAAAAAAGGUGAAAGUAUUCGAUCACAAAAUACACUAAGGACUUGGUUUUUCACAAGAUGUGCAAAAAAUAAAUUACGCAAGUCACCCCCUCGAAAUCAAAAUAAAUCUGAAUGACUACUCGUAUAAAUCAGGUUUUCAUAAUAUUUGGCAUGAUGAAUGACUUACACGAGAUUGAACAAAAAUGUUUUAUGUCGGGUUAGCUUCAACGAUAAUUUGUUUGUUUAUUUUGAAUUUCGCGCAAAACUACACGA